AUGGUAGGAGGCAAGUUGGGAAGAAAACCAUCCUCUUCAUCAAAAGGAGCCAGAUCGGAAGAUGGUAAAUCAGAAUCACAAGCCGGUACAAGUACCUUAUUGAAAAAGUAUGGUGUAUGUGAAAAAGCAGCGAUUGGAAAAGGUGCUACGGCUGUGGUUCGAUUGGCACAUAAAUGGGAUAGAGGAACUGAUAAGCUUUAUGCGGUUAAAGAGUUUCGUAAACGUAGAAAGAAUGAAAGUGAAAAGGAAUAUGUUAAGAAAUUGACGAGCGAGUUUUGUAUCUCUUCUACUCUUCAUCAUGAAAACAUAGUAGAGACUGUUGAUUUAGUACAAGAUGAAAAUCAACAUUGGUGUGAAGUGAUGGAAUAUUGUCCAGGAGGAGAUUUAUAUGCAGCUAUCAAAAGAGGAUCGAUGAACCAAUUAGAGAUUCAUUCAUACUUUAAACAAAUCUUAUUAGGUGUAGAUUAUUUACAUCGAAUGGGAGUGGCUCAUCGGGAUAUCAAACCGGAGAAUUUGUUGUUGGAUGGAAAGGGGAAGAUCAAGAUUACUGAUUUUGGGGUUUCGGAUGUCUUUAGAAUGUGUUGGGAAAAAUCGACUCAUCUUAGUAAAGGUCUUUGUGGUUCUGAACCUUAUUUACCCAAAGAAAUGUUUGAAAGAAAAGAAUAUGAUGCAAGAUUAGUAGACGUUUGGGCAUGUGGAAUAGUUUAUUACUGUUGUUGUAUGCAAGAAUUACCAUGGAGAGUAGCCAAGAAGAAUGAUCCAAGUUUUCAAAUUUAUUUACAAGCAUUCGAAUCAGGUACAAACUCACCACCACCGAUUUCGAAUUUGAUUAAAGAAUCUAGAUUGAUUAUUAAAAAGAUUUGGUCACCUGAACCGGAACAUCGGGUUUAUAUUGAGGAAGUCUUGAAGGAUUCUUGGGUCGCUUCUUUGGAGGUCUUAUAG